AUGGAGUCGAACGUACCGCGAUAUGAUGGAACUGAGAACACCUUGCCGGGUGGCGGGACAUCUGCAGAAGGCAAAGCUCUCGACCAACAGAAUGAGUAUUUGACUCGCUACCAGACCGCUUCCAGCGUGGUCAUACCAAGAGAAGUCUUCGAAUCGAUGUACCUUAGCCCGUUUAUGCAGAGGCCUGGACAUCUCCGCAGCACAUUUGCAAACCCUACUCCUAUUGGGCUGUUCUUUUUCUUUGGCGGCAUGCUCCAAGUUCUAGGCUGUGUGCUAGAGCUCAUCAUUGGCAAUACCUUUCCAUUCGUCGUUUUCGCAUGUUAUGGUGCCUUCUGGCUCGCAAUGGGCGCUACGCUCCAGCCCGAUUUCAAUGCCCAGGCUUACUACACUACUCACCCUGGUGGUCCUGAACAGUUCUACUCAAGUUUCGCAUUCUUCUUCAUGGUUAUGGCGCUCGUGACAUUCUUCUUCCUAAUUGCUUCUCUCCGGACAAAUGUCACGUUUGUAUUGGUGUUCUUCUUCAUCGAUCUCGCGUUCAUCAUGCUGAUGGCCACCUAUUGGACCCUGGCGGAAGGCAAGACAGCUAUUUUGCUGGAAAAUGUCAAAAGGCAAGUGAAUCAUUUCCGUGUCGAAUAUCCUCACAAAGCUGCGAGAGUUGUGGGUGCUGCGGGAGCAUUCGUCUUUGUGUUCUGCGUGUUUGGCUGGUAUUUAUUCUUCACAAUGAUCCUGCUCGCGGUGGAUUUUCCCCUUAAUCUCCCAACUGGAGAUCUGAGCACCAAGAUCAGGGGCGCAUCAGAGAAGAAGAAGACAUCCAAAGCGGAUGCAUAG